AUGUCCGCGGGGAGUAGCGGGCUGAUAGAACGCCUCCCUUGUGGGAACGUGAGGAAAUGCAUCUACUCGGACCGGGACUACGAGGCCUGUCUUCGAGACCUUGAGCGCGAGUUUCGAGUCUACCAGAAACUGCCACAACACGACCGGUUAUUACAGCUCAUCAGACACUCUCCUAAAGAAGGCCUCGUCCUCCAUCUGCAUCUCUUCCAUUCCCACGGGAUCAUUCACGGCGAUCUCAAGCCCGAAAACCUCCUGCUGGAUUCCAACUCUAGGCUCAAGAUCAUCGACUUCUCGGGCUCUUCUUUCGACGGAAUUGUAGAAUCUGCGAUUGAGAGCACUAGGUUUUUUCUCCCGCGACCAUUGAAGGAGCCACCAACCCCAUACGAGGACCUCUCGGACGAUGAGGUGGAGGCUCGCUACUCCCAGCAAAUAUUCCCAAGCGUGCAGGAAUUGCCGUGCGGGCAGGUGAUCAUGGAUUGCUGGCGCUGCGAGAUACAAACGGCAGAGGAAGUCAUGAUGCGGCUCAAGGGAGAGAUGGAAAGUGCCCUGAAAGCAUCAGAUCUCGCGUGUUCGCCCCGCAUCGCUCCUCCGACCAAGCUCCCCUAA